AUGGACGGUCGGAUAAUCAAGAAGUCAACACAACUUGGUUUCUGCACCGUGGAAGCUUCUUCUUGCACACGUUUUCAUAUACUUGGCCACCGUCAAUUGAAGAAAUGCUCGAUUGAUGUCCUAUCGACUUAUCUUGAACAUUCGCUGGUCGUUGUAUGUCUCUAUGUCUAUCCUUCUGGGAAUUUCGUUGCAGUCGUUAUCACCAUAGCAUUCGCCUGUCGCCCAUUAUCAUACUUCUGGGAACAAGAUACCAAUCCGGAGACUGAAGGAAUGUGCAUUGAUAUUUCUUAA